GGGUGGAGUGUAGGCCAGGGGGUUGGCGGUGCCGUGUCAUGGAGGCUCAGUCUCCGAGCAGCCAUUGAAGGGGAAGGAACUGCGGGUGUGUGUAUGUGUGUGCGUGUGAGUGCGCGCGCGAGUGUGUGGACAAGGAGGUGGGGGCAGCUGAGUUAGAGUCCCAACUCCUUGGACUCCAUUUGCUAUUCCCUUCUUUCUCCCCCACACCUAUCUGGUGGUGGUGGUGGGCGUUUAUAUUUGCGUUUCUUUUCAUUCAUUUCCAAAUCUUUUAAAAUUUUAGGGUUGGGGGUAGUGGGAAAGGCAGGAAAAGGUAAGGGAGGAGAGUAGUAGCAGAAGAGCAGGAGGAGGACAUGGAGAUGAAGAAGAGGAUUAACCUGGAGUUAAGGGACAGAGCCCCGGAGGAGGUGACAGAGUUGGUCCUUGAUAAUUGCCUCUGUGUCAAUGGGGAAAUUGAGGGCCUGAAUGAUACUUUUAAAAAACUAGAGUUUCUGAGUAUGGCUAAUGUGGAACUAAGUUCACUGGCCCGGCUGCCCAGCUUAAAUAAACUUCGAAAGUUGGAACUUAGUGACAAUAUAAUUUCUGGAGGCUUGGAAGUCCUGGCAGAGAAAUGUCCAAACCUUACCUACCUCAAUUUGAGUGGAAACAAAAUCAAAGAUCUCAGUACAGUAGAAGCUCUGCAAAAUCUUAAAAAUUUGAAGAGUCUUGACUUGUUUAACUGUGAGAUCACAAACCUGGAAGAUUAUAGAGAAAGUAUUUUUGAACUGCUACAGCAAAUCACGUACUUAGAUGGAUUUGACCAGGAGGAUAAUGAAGCACCAGACUCAGAAGAAGAGGAUGAUGAAGAUGGAGAUGAAGAUGAUGAAGAGGAAGAGGAAGAUGAAGCUGGUCCACCUGAAGGAUAUGAGGAAGAGGAAGAAGAAGAGGAGGAUGAGGAUGAGGAUGAGGAUGAAGAUGAAGCAGGCUCAGAACUGGGAGAGGGAGAAGAGGAGGUGGGCCUGUCAUACUUAAUGAAAGAAGAAAUUCAGGAUGAAGAAGAUGAUGAUGACUAUGUUGAAGAAGGGGAAGAAGAAGAAGAAGAGGAAGAAGAAGGUGUUCGAGGGGAAAAGAGGAAACGAGAUGCUGAAGAUGAUGGAGAGGAAGAAGAUGACUAGAUCAUUCUAAGACCAGAUUCCCUAAUGUUCCUGGGUGUGCAAUAGAGUGAUCACAUCUUCUUUGUUUCUUCAUGUAUGAUAGCUAUCCCUACAGAAGAUAAUGUGUAACUUUUUAUAGGAAAAGUGUGGUUUUACUAUUUUUGCCUUACCAUUCCAAAUAAGAUUAACUAGUCUGUUAAUGAUCAUAUUGUAUGUAGAGAAAAUUUUUCAUUGACCCCAUUGUGAAAUUCCCUAGCAAUUUAUUUAGAAUCUUAAUUUUUCUAAUUAAAGCUCACUGUGUUAGUCAUUUUUAGCAUAAUUAAAACAUGAUUGCUUUUA